AUGGCACAAUUUUCAAGUUCCUCAAGUAUUAUCGGUGACGACUUGGAAUAUGAAGAUUUUGAUACAUCUCUAGAUCAAUAUCUUGAGGGGCAAAACAAUUCGGUAUUUAGCUCAGAGUUAGAGAGUAAUGAUGUUGUACAUGUGCAAGAAGCUAUUAUUAAGGUGCUACUUGCAGCAGCUGGUGAGGCCAACUGGGUGACAAGACGUGCUCUUAAGGGUGCAAUGUGCAAGUCAGCAUCUUCGGGGCUUCUUGAUUAUUGCCUUAAGCACUUGGGAGGGAAGCUGGCAACCAAUGGCAUGGUGGUUUUGUCUCGGUACAAUCCCAUUUCCAGUGCGGUGGAGUUUAGGCUUGAGCCUUCUAGUCUUGUGCACAAUGGAUUUGAUUUGAAUUCGAACCAUCCAUCAGAGGAGCAAAUUGUUUGUGAUCUGAAAUUUUUAUAUGAAUCAAUUCUAUACCCAGAUACCAUGGUGAACUUUAAACCCCAAGCAAUGUGGGAACGUCUCUUUGACUCUGCAACUAAGCUUCUUGACUGCAAGCAAUUUAUGAAGGACUAUGAGCCUGAUAGAAUUGCAGCCGAGAACCCUUCUGCCAUACAGCUCUGGUGUCAUGUUGAGCUCUCUAAUCGGCCUAAAGAUGAGCUAGCACUACCUCCAGAGCUAGUGGUCUUGCCCUUGAAUGCAACUGUUGUAGACCUUAAAAGUGAAACUACUAAAGCUUUUCAAGAAGUGUAUGCCAUGUUUAGAAGGUUUCAGUCUGAGAAACUACCCGAGUUUGGCUUCAUAGAGGAUUCAAUUACUUCAUUGAUCAUGCAGGCCAUCCAUUUAUCAGAUCAAGGUGAAAGAAAUCAAACUUUCCCCCAAAUUCAAGAUUCAAGAUGUGAAGAUUUAUGA